AUGCCUGUCCGGAGAGGUCAUGUUGCGCCGCAAAACACCUUUUUGGGAGUAAUUAUUCGGAAAUUCGAGGGACAAAAUAAAAAAUUCAUCAUAGCCAAUGCCCGGGUGCAGAACUGUGCGAUCAUCUACUGUAACGAUGGCUUCUGUGAGAUGACGGGCUUCUCUCGGCCUGAUGUCAUGCAGAAGCCCUGCACUUGUGACUUCCUCCAUGGAGAGUUCACCAGUCGACACUCUGUGGCCCAGAUGGCCCAGGCUCUGCUGGGCUCAGAGGAGCGCAAGGUGGAGAUCACCUACCACCGCAAAGACGGUUACGACACCACACAGGUUCCCAAAGGUCCAAACAACAUCAAGAGACUGACACUGGUGCUCUUUUUGGUUGUAUGUCUGCUCUAUUUGCUGCAGCAAAAGAGUGAGUGCUCCAUUUGGGGCCUGAGGGGGAGACCAGCAGCUGUGAUGGUUCCUCUGACAAGGUCCAGUGUGAACCGCUGCACAGCAGUGGCUGUAAAGAUGUUCAUUAGCCUGCGCUGGCCACAGAGGAGGAUGUAG